AUGGAAGCCAGGAUCCCUCUCUCUCACGAAGAUUACACCGUUGGAUGGAUAUGCGCCCUGCCCCUUGAGAUGGCAGCUGCAAAGCUGAUGUUGGCCGAGUUUACUACGCCCGCCAAACGAUCAUAUUACCACAAUGUUGUUAUCGCUAGUUUACCGAGUGGAGCAUAUGGCAACACUUCAGCUACAUCAGUUGGGAUGCAGCUGCUGUCCAGUUUUCACUCCAUCCGCUUCGGUUUUAUGGUUGGUAUCGGCGGCGGAGUACCAAGCAGCCAUGCAGACAUUCGACUUGGGGAUAUUGUCGUGAGCCAGCCGACCGACACUUCUGGAGGGGUGAUCCAAUACGAUUUGGGAAAAGCGCUAAGCGGCGGCCAAUUCAAGCGAACCGGAAUGCUUAAUCGACCUCCCAAGGUUCUGUUGACCGCUCUCGCGACUCUCCAAGCACAUCACCUUACAGAAGAUAGCCGGAUCACCGGAUUUGUUUCCAACUUGCAAGCCAAAAUAGCGCCCCACAAAGCUGCCAAAUUCACACGACCGACGCAGGAGGACUGUCUAUUCCAAGCAGAGUAUGAUCAUGUCGCAUCCGAUACGUGUAUCGAUUGCGAUCGAUCUAAAUUGUUUCCACGACCCCCACGAGAGAACCAAAAACCAGUCAUUCAUUACGGACUCAUCGGAUCUGCAAGUCAGGUUGUGAAGGAUGGCAGGCGGCGAGAUCAGCUGGCUCGGGACUUAGUUCACCGCUUUGACGUUCUAUUUGACCUGACGGCUGUGCCAGUGAUUACAAAUUUCGUGGGACGACAAAGCGAGCUAGACCAACUAUGGCAGUAUCUACGGCCCACGGAUCCCCAGUCGCGAAAAGUUGCAAUCAUUCAUGGGCUUGGCGGGGUGGGAAAGACACAACUAGCGAUCCGUUUCGCACGAGACCAAAAGGAUGAUUUUACUGCCAUUUUCUGGCUGAGUGGUAAGGACCGAGGCACACUAUUACAAUCUUUGAGCUCUAUCUGGCCCCGAUUGCCAGGACAGUCACAUACUGAUAGGGCAACGAAUGACGAGGAGGUGGAGCAACGAGCUAGACAUGUGUUAAAGUGGCUGGCAGAAAGAGGAAACUCACGCUGGCUGAUCAUUUUCGACAACAUCAACCAAUACGCCCCUUUCAAUGGCCCCAUUGGUGAUGCAUAUGAUAUCGGAGAAUUCUUCCCUACUGCCGAUCAUGGCUCUAUUCUUCUUACAUCUCGGCUCCAAAGGUUGACUGAGUUAGGGAAGUCUUUUCAGCUCAACAGACUAGACUCCAAGGAUGCAAUGCAACUACUAUUGCAAAGCACCCAUUUAUCAACCAGAGAUACCGUUAGCGAACUUGAGAGCAAUCCAGAUACCCAUGCUCUUGCUAGUCGUCUAGAUGGACUUCCAUUGGCAAUCGUCAUCGCCGGGGCCUUCAUGCGUGAGACUGGAACUAGCGCCACCGAGUACUUGCAGUAUUACCAAGAAUCUUGGUCCGAGUUACAGCUGCAGUCAAAUCCUGAACGCCAGUACCAGCAGGGUAAUCUGCUACAAACAUGGAUGAUCUCAUACUAUGAGAUCCAGAAGCGGGACCCGCACGCAGCGAAGUUGCUCCUUCUACUUGCUCACUUCGAUAAUCGAGAUAUCUGCUCAGACGUUCCUGUCUGGCUUGAAAGAACUAUAUCAAGCGGACUCGCGUUUAGAACCGGCGUCAAGAAUCUUAUCGGCUCUCUCUGCUUGGGACUAAGGAACAAGUCGGAGGCUAUACGAUACACCCAGUGCACAGACCAAAAUGUGGAUUCGACCGAGCUCAAUAAACUUGCACUGAUAUCUGUUGGAUACAGUGUCCCAAGCCGAAGUGACAGAAAUUAUUCCGAGCUGCAAGAACGGCUUAUUCCACACGCAAAUCAUGUACGUCAUAGGGACUGGUCAAGUGGCAACAUUAGUAUUGCGGUAUGGGGAGCAUUCCAUGGUUUGGGGAAUCUCUACUCUGAUCAGGGGAAGCUGAAGGAGGCGGAGGAGAUAUACCAGCGAGCACUGGUAGGCUACGAGAAGGCCUUCGGUCCAGAUCAUACGUCCACUCUCAGUACAGUCCAUAAACUUGGGAUUCUCUACUCUAAUCAGGGCAAGCUGAAGGAGGCAGAGGAAUUGUACUAG